CCCCGCUUCGCGCGCGGCGAAGGCACCGGAGCCCCCAUUGCCUUGUUCCUAAGAAUGGCGACCCCGACCUCCCGUCCGAGGCAGCACUCGCCACCACCGGGAGCCGCUGCUGCUUACCGGCCCCUACCCUCCUGCCCCUCCGGUUCGCCGGCCGGGAUCGAUGGCCGGCGGUGCCGGAUGGAUCCAUCCUUACGGGAGCGGGCGGGCGGUCGCGGUGGUUGUCGGUGGUGGCGUCGCCGGCGCGCUCAUCGCCAACUCCCUGCAGAGCUACGCCGACGUCGUCAUAAUCGACCCGAAGGAGUACCUUGAAAUUCCAUGGACUAACAUGAGAUCAAAGGUGGAGCCAUCUGUUGCUGAGAAAUCAUUAAUUAACCACAGUGAUUACUUGAGCGGUCAAGUCAUUACAGCCUCUGCUGCUGAUGUAAGUGGAGAGGCUGUGAUCACAGCAGAGGGUCGUUUGGUGGAGUACACGUACCUUGUCAUAGCCACAGGUCACACAAAUCAGUGUCCACGAACAAGGAGAGACAGACUAGAACAGUUUCAAGAAGAUGACGUGAAGAUAAAAUAUUCCGAUUCGAUUCUUAUUAUUGGGGGUGAGCCAUCAGGCGUUGAGCUCGCUGCUGAAAUAGCUGUGAAUUAUCCAGACAAGAAGGUGACACUGGUUCAUGACAGACCAAGAUUGUUGGAAUCUGUUGGUCAAAAAGCUGGUGGUAAGGCACUGCGUUGGCUGAGAUCAAAGAAUGUUGAAGUUUAUUUGGAGCAGUCAAUCCAUUUAGAGUCCAUGUUGGAGGGAGACAGGGUCUACAGGACUUCGUCGGGUAUCGAGAUAACAGCUGAUUGCCACUUCUCGUGCCUCGACAGACCACUGAGUUCAUCAUGGAUUAGAAAUUCUGAGCUGAAAGAUUGCUUGGACAAUGAUGGAAGAUUGAUGGUUGAUGCGAAUCUAAGAGUGAAAGGCCAGACUAAUAUUUUUGCUGCUGGUGAUAUCAUUGACAUUCCGGAGCUCGAGCAAGGAUAUUUUGUGCAGAAGCAUGCCAUGAUAGUCUCUAAAAACAUAAAGCUUUUGAUGCAUGGGGCUAAAGACAGCAAGCUAUUGAAAUAUAAACAUUCGACGACAAUGCCGAUGGUGUCACUUGGUAAGAAGGAUGCCGUGGCGCAGCUAUCCCUCGCCACGGUACUAGGGCACCUUCCUGCGAUGUGGAAAUCCCGGGACUUGUUCGUGCACAGAACAAGGAAUCUGCUGGGGCUUCCACGGUGAAAGGUAAAUUUUAUCCUCGCCCUUACGAUGUUUUUUCAACCUAUUUGGUGGACUCGGACGUCGGUGAGCGACGAUGAUCUGGUGGAUUUUGGUGCAGUGUGACAGACAGUUUUGGCUGAAAGGGCGGGCUCGGUUAUGUGCUGCUAAUUUGACCUUCUGGUUGUACACACACCCUUGUUGAAUUUUCUUGUCAAAAGGCAAUUUUGGCUGAUAAUUUAGCACGGCUUGUUGGGUUUUAAAUUUGUAAUGGCAAUCGCUUUUGGAAAUCACAUGUAGCAUGUUUCACUUCACUGAAAGAUAGUUGAUGAUAUUUGAAAGUUUCAGUCCUGUCCUUGGUUC